AGUGGAACCCCUAAAGGAAAAGCGAAGCUGAAGACAGGCCAACCAUUGAAACGCAACAAACUCACAAUCAAGAAAGGCGGGAGCGGCAGUGGUGAUGCGGCGGUAAGGGUAAAGGAAGAAUAUCACAGAUGAGCAAGCAGAAGCUAUACGAUCAAUGCAUAAACGCUCCUUGUCCUGUUCGUUACCUAAGACCUAAGGAAAGAGAGCGAGAAGCGAAACGAGAGAAAUUAGGGCUAAUCAGCAAAGCGAGGCAAAAAGAGAUUGAUUUUCAGAAGAAAGGUGGAUCUUUUGCGAUGGGAGUUACUACUGAGCCGAUGAGAAUUGGGACUCAAGGAUUGGAUUACAUUUCGUUAGGGAUUUUUACGGAAGAUGAGUUACCGAAGUAUAAGGUUACAGUGGAGGAUGGGAUUAGACUUGCGAAAGAGUAUAGUAGAGUGCUUAUGAGAGAGCAUAGAGCGAGACGUGUAGCGGAGAUUAAUUUGGUGAAGUUGAGGAAAGCUGCGAUUGAGGCAUUGCCGGAGAAUUUGAGGAAGGGGGCUUUGGAGCGUGAUUUGACUCCGUUUCCGGUGAAUCGGGAUUGGCUACUCUUACACCUCCUAUUGAAGGGUAUUUGGAGAAGAUUAUGAAUGCGCGGCUAAGAAGAGCUCAAGUAAAGAGAAGUUGAGAUGAUCUUGAUAAGGUUAGAGGAAUUGUCUUUAUGCCAUUUGUUUUCUCUUGUUUAUUUAGUGUUGGAGAUGAGUUGUGUUGAUUGGAUUUCGAUCAAAGGAUAUAACUUUGAGACAUUUGUCUUUACUUUUUGAUCUACUUGAAAUAAAAUGGCCAUAUGACA